GAGAACGCCGGUUCCCGACCACCACAGCAUGCUAUUCUCAGCAAUGACCCUGGACUUCUGGCAAGAUCCAAUGCAAUGAACGGGAUAUUGCAGCAUCUAGCACGGCCGGCGGCCCAUCCACAGCUAUGCGACUGGUGUAUCGAAAUCUUCGACAGGUAAAUCGGUACGCCCACCAAGGGUUUCGCACCUGCAGUCGCUUGCAACUCGUCAACUAUUCUCUCCAGUCACCCAAAUCGACGAAUAUCCCUGCCCGAAACCUUGUACACUUCCGGUCGAUUGUAUCAUCCGCCGCUGUGGUGGUAGACCGCAACGAAACCCGAGAGCUCGACCACCUUGAUCAUCUGUUGGAGGAGUUCUUGGAAAGGUCCCCAGAAAUCGAACCCCUCGACGACGAGGACACACGCGUAUCGCCCUCGUUAUAUCUCGAAGAUGGCACCAAGAGAUCUAUGUCCCUGCCAGGGGAGCCAAGUGCCAGACUUGGGGGGCUUGGAAAGUGGCAUUCCCUGGCCCGCGAUCACCAGCGGUUGCUGUUCGAGUCCGAUGUCGCAUCCGAUAACACCAAGUCGUUCCGUCUCAUUGACGACCCAGAAAACGAGAACGAUGUUGAGCUGUGGAAUUGCAUCCUCGCCUUCCGCUAUCGUCGCGAUGGCCCCGGGGGCGUUGCCAUGGUUUUUAGGGGCCUCCAAAUGAGACGGACCCUCCGUGACGUCGAGGGAGAUGGGUCGACGGAUUUCUGGCAGACGAUCCUGAACGUGGCUCUCCAUGACGAGGUGCUGCUAGAGGGUGUAUGGGAAUAUGCCGAGUGGCUGCACCAGGCGCAUGGUGUUCGCUGGCCAAGGUUAUACCAAACGGUGAUCGCAUCUUUUGUAUCCCGUCGGCAGGAGAAAGAAGCCCUUCGCUGGCACCUUCGCUUGAGCCCGAAUUUUGGUCUGGAGGCGCCCAGUUUUGCCAGGAUGCUCCAGCGAUUCAUCAGGGACCCUGAUCCCGUUAUCCAAGAUACUCUCAAGGGCCUCUACCGUCUCAGCAUUCACCGUCGACUCUACGACAGCUUGGUGCCGUAUCUUUACGCCCAGGGGACACAGUCUAUUGCGCGUACAUGGCGCAAGUUCCUGCUUUACCACAAUGACGUCCCCUCUUCGUUGGCCGCAAGGCCUUUCUUGAGGUUCUUGGCAGGCUACUUUCCACGAGACCCUAUGGUUCGAACGGAAUUUCUUGCUGCCGGAAUAAAGGAGCCCGCCGAGUAUAACAGCGAUAUACCCGGAAAUGAUGUUGUUGCGGACAAAUCCUUUAGCCACCUUGUAAACAAGGUGCGUGGCCGGAGGUUCGGCAUUCAAGAAAAGACGUACAAUGAUGCGCUGGGGGCCAGGUGGUUCGCCAGCUCAUGGAUAUCCCUUGACAUGGCAGUUGAGGUUGUCCGGAUCCUAGGGGUUGAUCGGAUCGGGCCGCUCUCUCUGCAGUCUAUCGCUCUGCGAGAGCGGUCUUCGGAUCGGAUUCUCCACCGACUAGACCAGUUGGAGACGUUCAACAUCAGCAUCGGUACAUCCAGCUAUGCAAAGGCCAUCAGACAUUUUGCCGCUGUUGACGACUACGAGGCGCUAACGGACCUGCUACGAUCCGACGUGCACCCUGACGUUUUCGACGACCUGAAUAUCCAGCAACUGAUCCUCGGUUCCGCUGUCAUGCUCGGCGACUGGAAGAAGUAUCGGCUGAUAUUAGCAGUCAGGCUUGCUGUCUCUCUGGACUCGGUCGCCCUAGCGUCGAACGCCGUGCUCUCUGCAUGCUUGGGGAGUGGUAACAAACAAAUGACGCUAAGGGUUCUUGAAGACAUGAACUCGAGAGGCGUGCAGGUCUUUCCGUCGACGAGUAACGCCAUCUCGAUGCACAUCAUCAGGGACGUAUCACCUCACGCACAGAUGGGUGAUCGGCCCCCCCUGGAUUUGCCGUUCUACGUGGCCAUAUGUCGCCGGAUCAUGGCCAUGAGAUUUCCUCUCGCAACACGGGCAUUGCAGACCAUUCUUUUCAGGCUCGCACGAGAAGGACACACAGACGACCUCGAGCGCCUGUCGUUAGAGAUAUUGCAACGAUACCACUCUUUUCAAACCUCGGAGCGGGCGACACUGAACGUCCACAAGUUCGACGUGCCGGACAUACUGAAGAAGGAGUCGCAUUACCGGAGUUUCCAGAUGAUCCCUCGCGACCUAAGCCUGUUUCACGAGCUGCAUCCAAUCCAGCUCAUCUUCAACAAGAAACUUCAGCACUGCAUAAUCCGCUGUGGCUUCGCGCGUUCGACCUUGUAUCGCCACCGCUAUGCCACGGCGAGCCUGACGGAUCCGACGCAGCCCGUCGACUUCGCAUUCGCGCGGGGGAUCAGGCUCGUGGCUCUAUGGAAGGAGAGGGGCGUCUCCGUCGACAUCCGGGCGCUCCGCAAGGUCGUCCAGCUCCGCCUGGCCGAUCUGUAUGGGGCCGAUUGGUCCGCGAACCAACGCCUGAGGUCCGCGGUCCGGGGAAACCGGCUGACUCUGGAGGAGGCAAAGUCUCUCUGCGACGAGGCCUGGGGCUCCGAGAUCCUUCCGCCGAUCCCCGAGUUGAGAGAGGCGGUUAGGAAGCUGGGCAGGGCGCGGACGGAGCAGUGGUCCGCAUUCAUCAAUAAGAAGGCCCAGCAGUCACGAGACGAGAAUAAUGAAUGUAGAUAAAAAUAAUCAUACCCGCCUCGAUGACAGUUGCAUAUAGAGCCGCUACUCGAACAUAUAUAUGUAUAUAUAAUAUGAGUCCUACGUCCAUAGCCGGACAAGUUCGCUCCCAAAAAACAAAUAUCUGUACACGGAUCCAGGAUAUGACAUGCUCAGGCUUAAGAUAACAA